AUGGAGCUCGCCCGCAAGCACGAGCUGCCCCAGGUCACCGGCAGGGACCCCGAGGGCCACCUGUUGCAGAUCUUCGUCAGGCGCGCGCUGGUGGACCGCUUCGCCUACGCGGCGCUGCCGCACGGCACUCCCGACGAGUCCCGGGACCCGCUGAGCAGGCACCUGUCAACCGCGGGGCCGAUCGGCGGCCAGGCCCGCCUAGUCGCCAACCCCAGCGCUUUCAUGCGGGCCAGCAGCGUGCGCAUGUACGCCUGCAGCGCCUCGCGGGAGUUCCACCUGGCGCGCCCGGCCUUCCAGCGCGAGCUCGUCGGGCUGCUGAGCCCGGUGCUGGGCAGCCCGGCGGUGCGGGAGCGAGCCGUGCGGGGUAUCUACGCGGGGGAGCUGCCGUCCUGGUGGAGAGACCAGGCUGUGAGAGUCCGGGAGCGUUCAUGUGGAAGCUCACGGGUAGCGCGUGCGAGCGACUGGGAUUCCUGGGAGCGCGGCGGGGGGCGCUUUACGACAGCUGCGCUGAAGGCGAAGGCGAAGGAUCUCCUGCCCCUCACCCAGCGGGUGGCGCCGCGGAGCUACCGCUCUGCGGUCCUGACGUCGCCGUACGCGAGGGCGCGCCUCGCCGCGCGCUUCUCCGAGGAGGCCCGCCGGCUGCACCGGGAGGUCAUGCAUGCCCACCGUGCUGGAGAACUCGUGGCGAGUCUGGACGACGCCCACCAUGGCGUCGCGGCCCACUCGAGGGCCGUCGCCGCCGAGCUCCUCUCCUCCCCGGCGGGCCCUUGCGCCGAGGGGGGUGCAGCUGGCAGCGCCCAGCGCGGGAAGGCUGAGGCUGUCUCCGUGGAGGGCGUCGAGGAGGAUCUCCGCCUGCAGGCGAAGAGGAUGCAGCUGGACCUACUUCGGCGGCAGGUCCAGCAGCAGGCGCGCCAGAACGCCGAGCAGGAGCACCGGAACGCCGCCGCCAUGGAAGAGAUCGAGGCGCACCUGACGAAGCUCGACGACGAGACGGGCUCGUUGAUGGCGCGCCGCUGCCCUCCGGCGUGCCCUGCAGGCAGCCUGGGAGGGACGCCGGCGGAGCCGCAGCCGGAGUGGCGGGCGAGGAGGGUGGGGGAUCUCGGGGAGAAGUGCCCGCUGAGCCUGCGGUCGCGGGCUUGGCCCCGGGGGCGAAUGCAGGCGCGGCCGCUCGUCCAGGCUCGCAUCCCGAGGCGCGCGCGGACGCUCCGCCUCCGGUUGGGCUCUGGCGCGUGCGCGGGCACAGCCGCUUUGCCGCCCAGAUUCGCGAGUGGCGCUGUCCAGAGGGUGGACUCCGGGGAGUUUGGCCGCGAGGCGCAGCGGCAGGCCGCGGAGCGGGCCAGCCGGCUCGCCGCCGAGCGUGCUACCGAGGUGGCCCCCGGCCCCGCGCCGAUCUCCAUCCUCGAGGCGGUGCGCGCGGCCGCCGGCGCCGGCGUGGCCGAGGGCGUGGCCGAGGUGCCGCUGCACGGCCCAGGGGGGGACGACCGCGCCGAGGACCCGCGCAAAAGGAGGAGGGCCGCGGGCCGUUGGGGCGCCGGCGACGGCGUCGCGCUCACGGGGCUCCGGAGCAGGCCCGAGCUGAACGGCAGGCUGGCCAGCAUUCUGCGGGCCCCCGCCGGCGGCGACGAGGAGGGGCGGUACCUGGUGCUGCUGGCGCCGGAGGGCCAGCAGCUCUCGGUGCGGCGGGGCAACAUGGUGCCAGCGCCGGGCGCCGAGGGGGGUCUGCCGCCUGCCGCGUCGGGCGGCUCGAGCGGCAGCGGCAGCGGCGCGGCCGCCGGCGCGGCGAGCGCAGGCCCCGCGGAGAGGCAGGCCAGCGCCGAGGCCCUGGGCCGCUGGGGCGUUGGCGACAGCGUCGCGCUCGCGGGGCUCCGCGGCAGGCCCGAGCUGAACGGCAGGCUGGCCAGCGUGCUGCAGGCGCCGGCCGGCGGCGACGAGGAGGGCCGGUGGUACCUGGUGCUGCUGGCGCAGGACGGCCGGCAGCUUUCGGUGAUCCGCGGAAGACUUCGUAUGCACCGUACCGCAUCGGCGUCUCACGAGGCGUCGUCGAUCCUCGGCCCAGGCACGGUGCGGUGCAUAAUUUGCACACGCCGUACCGCGAGGGAGUGGGGCUUGAUGAGACUCCAAAUUCGGCACGGUGCAUGGGUGCCGUCCUCGUAG